AUGGCCGUGCAGCGAGCGACGCAUAUUUUCUUGAUGUCUUUUUACGCGCUUUUGGAAAUCUUAGCUAUCUUAGCUGUACCGGAAAGUUCGGCCGACUACUGUGGAAACGUGUUUGAAACUACAGCUAGUACGUGCGAGAAAUAUGUGAUGUAAUUUUCUUUUCUAUUUUCGUUUCACAAAUCAGUCUUACUCUUUCUUUAGACCGUGUUUUACUUGGUCAUGUCAUCGACUCUGUUCUUAACAUCGAUGAAUUUGAGUGUCGGCUGAGGUGCAUCGGCGAAAAGGGUUGCAAGUCGAUUAAUAUACGUCGCAAUGGGAACAAAAAGAAUUUCUGUGAACUUAACAGCCAAAAUCGACAGACCAUGCCACAGGACUUCAGAGUGGAAAAUAGUUCCACAUAUCAUGGCUUUGUUCAGGUAAGCUAUUUAAAAAGAUGAGAAAAUUAAGUUUCACAAUAUGCUGAGUUGGUUUGACAAACUUAAUUCCACCCACGAUGACACCGGGAGUUUUUGGGUUGUUAAGAGGAGUAGGUGUGGAGUUUUUAUCAGUCUCUUAGCUCAUUAGCUUGCGCUCUCCGUUUUGAAACUCCAACCAGAGCAGAUACACCGAUGUUAGGCUCGAUAUUUACAUUGUGCGUACCGCAUAUCAUUUCCAUCACGUUUGUCAAAAACAUUAUUUGACAAUGAAAUUUUUGGCUAAGCUCACUUCAGAUAAUCAAUCCUGUAAAUAACCAAUGUAAUUUGCCCUUAAAUAUUGGUAAAAUUAAAACUAUUACUAAACUAGGGUUGAAAAUAAUUUAUGCAGAAUAUUUCUUCGAUCAGCUCAAGUUCAAGAGAUCGCAACAUUAGCUUCUAAACUUGCUUGGAGACACAAUUUCAACGCAAAGAACUGCUGGGUAAACUGAGAUGAGUUAUCCUUUCUUCCUUUCAAGAGCCCUUUGAAAAUCUCUCUUUCCUUUUUCUAUACCCUUUAAAUUGUGAAUUCUUGGUCUAUUUUGUAACUUUAACCUUACGGGCAGAGUAUGAAAGAACCCCCUCCUGAAGCGACAAAUCAAAGGAAACUUUUUAUUGAAAUUCAAAACAUUUCAUUUCAUUUUUACAAAAUUAUGUUCUUCGAGAUCCCACGUCCCCUUCGCCGAGACAAUUCACUUCCAGGUAAUCCUGAUGAUCAGUUUGAAGUUGAUAAUAUGAAAGGUAAAUUGCCCUAGCAAAUUGAAUUGUACAGAUCGUUUGAUAUGGAAUGAAACCUCUCCUUGAUGAACACGAUUUGCCGUUGAUGCUCUGCUGUCAAAAACGGCAGGUGUUUUUACACAAAGAGGAAAAACUUGAAAUUGAUGAAAAGCAGAAGGAAAGGUAUUAAUAAAACAAUGAGGUCUAUUUUCGCAGGUAUAAAGCCAAAGUCUUUUUGCCCGAGCUAGGCGAGGGUUAAUACAACUCUAAAAGGGCUCAAAACAUAUUUAUGCCCAAGAACAGAAACUCUUUUAUGAAAGGUAAAUUGCCCUGGCAAAUUGAAUUGUACAGAUCGUUUGAUAUGGAAUGAAACCUCUCCUUGAUGAACACGAUUUGCCAUUGAUGCUCCGCUGUCAAAAACGGCAGGUGUUUUUAUGCAAAGAGGAAAAACUUGAAAUUGUUGAAAAGCAGAAGGAAAGGUAUUAAUAAAAUAUGUGGUCUAUUUUCGCAGGUAUAAAGCCAAAGUCUUUUUGCCCGUACUUUCAGCACGAAAGAAGCUAGAGUUGCUCUCGGCUACGCCUCGAGCAACUCUUACGCAUCUUUCGUGCUGCUCUCCAAACUUCCCAAGUGCUUCAUAUCUCGAUGAACGCACAGCUGAUUUUCGCGAGGGAUUUGUUUGCUGACGUCAUGAGCGUGCACAAUAGGAAUAUGAAGCACGAUCGCGCAAUUGAAUUUGAUUAGACAAAUUUACUAGCUAUGUUAUAAAACACUCUGAAUAAUCACACGAGAGAGAGAGGGCUUUUUUUCGUAGGGAGGCGAACUCUGACCAAAGCUGUUUUAUUUAACCCUUUAACUCUCAAGAUCUGAUUGUUAAUUCUCCUUUCUAGCUGCCACACAUUUCCUUGUAAAUAAGCUACAAGAAUUUGGUGUUAGAUCAAAAUAACAACUUCUACCUGAUACAUUUGAGUAUUCUCAUUACCUGUUUGCUGGAUAGUGAAUGGAUAUUGAAGAGAGAAGUUACUCGUUAAUCGCCUCUGGUAGUUAAAGGGUUAGGGAAGGAAUUCGAUGUGUACUGACCCAGCAGUGCUCAGAUCUAGAGCUUAGUGCAAUCUUAUCAUGACUCAAAAUGCAACACAGAUAGCAAUGAUAAACUCAGCAAUCCAACGAAUUUUGCGUCGAUCGACUCGACAACAGAAGUUGAAAAGCUGACAUAACAUAAAGUUUAAGAACACAAAUAUUCUAUUAACGGUAACCUUAACCUGUUACUGAAGUCUUUCGGAAGAAAAUUACUCCUGAGAGUGCUCCGCCUGCGAUAAAAUCAACCCUUGGUUUUAUAUCCUCACACCUUUGCGUCAUUUUAACUUGUGUCUGUCCACAAGACAAAUCUUGUUUUUGAGCAGAUAUAAAUCAUUGGAUCCUCCCUUCUGUCGCGCGUUUUCCUUAAACAACAGGAAAAGAAUAUGGUCUUUUGGUGUAACUUACUCAACUUCCACACACACAGGUUUCCUGUGUCGACAUUUCCAGUGAUAAAAAAAGACAAAGAAAGAGCAGACUGUGUCACCCAGGAUACCAUGGUGAACGAUGUCAACCAGACCACAGUGAGUAGCAACAGCGUGUUUUUGGUGUGUACUUCUAAAUUAGGAAUACACCGCAAAGCAUAAAACUGAAUAACAUAAUUAUAUAAAUUUUCUUUCUCAGAGGGCUUGUACUCCCAUCAUCCUGCUUCGUCUUGCAAAGAAAUCCGAAACGCAGGACACUUUAAAACAGACGGGGAAUACUGGAUCGAUCCCGAAAAGAAUGGGAACGCUCUAAAGGUCUUCUGCGACAUGACUACUGACGGAGGUAAGCUCAAAUAAGCUCCAUCCAACCGUUUCUGGCAAGGUCUUAAACAAUGGAUAAUUAACCUUGGAGAACCUUUCGCGGAAAUUUUCAAUCUAUCGCCAUUUAUAGUACUAGCGCUCAAGCCACACAAAAACAAGAAACUAAAUUUCCUUUUUUUGGUCGCUAGAUAUUUUGUAUGGAUAUGCAGAAUGCGCAACAUCUCUCCGGAAAUAAAAAACUUCCCCCUCUUCUUCUCACAUUAUAAUGCAUAAAUCAUUAUUAUAAAGAAAAACCAUGCAUAAAACAAGCACAACACGCAUUUACUUAGUGUUUUCUUUAAUUCUGUUUACAUAUAAUUUGAUGUUUGUAUCCUUUUUUCCUGCACUUUUUUGUUUUCUUUUAAACUACCUUUUUUCUAUAAAUUGUAAGUAGUGCACUCUAUACACUGUAAACGUUUUCGUUUUUUUUUCUUUUCUUUUCUUUUUUCUUUUCUUUUACAAUAUAUAGUUUUUAUGUUUAGUCGCUCUAUUUUUUAAAAAAGAAAAAAAGAAAAAGCUCCGUCCUGCUAAAGCUAAACCGUGCCCUCAACUUCGAUGGAGCGGGGAAAAUCGGGAGUAAGACAAGGUGUAUAUAGAAGAUAAGAAGCAUGUAUAACUAAGAGAUUAGUACAGCAAGGGGAAUAGUUGUGUACUGUCCUUUUGGUCACCGAGGGAAACCUGUUUUGAAAGCAAAACAUACUUUCCCGUUGCAUGGAAACGAUUUCAAAGCGAAACUGUAUAGCCAAGGGACAGAAAUAAACAAUUAAUUCGUUUUUUUUCAAAUUUUACCAGGGCUUCAUUUUCUUGAAACAUAUUAUCUAAAUUCCGCUUUAUUUAAAACUUAGAGGAGGCUGCCUUCCUAUUUCUAGCAUUUUAAUUGACAUUUUCAUAAAUUUUCUAGGAACUGUCUCGACGCACGUAGUUUUAAUUUUUGUUUUCUUUUUAGGGGGCUGGCUUCUUAUAUCGAGCAUUGUCUUUGACACCGCUGCCCCAAAUCAGAUGACUGUAGUGCCAUCAUACCGUGGUAUUAACACCAGUCAGAUGGUGCUCACAAAAGGUGCCGUGAAUGAGCUGAGAUCACACUUGGGAUUCACUCAAAUACGAUUCCACUGCAGUAAGCAUUCGGGCCAUAUAUUCCAUGUGACCACAGCAGUUAACAGCACUGGGGAGGCUGUAGUCCAGUACUUCAGUGGUCAGACGGACGUCCAACCAGAUGCUUGUGGCUCCUUUGUCAGAAUGGAUAAUGACAACUCGAUUAUGUCAAGACAGUGUCAUCAGUGGGGAUAG